ACUUGCUGUCACUGUCACGAUACAAACAUAGUGAUAAUGGUGCCCAUUUGAAGAGCAUCGACGCAUUUUUACUUCUCUUUUGCUACAAUAUAUCUUAAUUGUUAUCAGUGAUAACAGCGAGCAUCAUGGGUAAUGCUGACACAAAAUUGAAUUUCCGGAAAGCCGUGGUGCAAUUAACGUCGAAAACUCAGGUAAUUGAUUCUGCGGAUGAUUCAUUCUGGGACCAGUUUUGGUCCGAGAAUGUGACCAAUGUUCAAGACAUCUUCACUCUGAUCCCGGCUCCAGAAAUUCGUAUAUUGAGGGAAGAGACACCUUCCAACCUGGCUACAUUAUGUUAUAAGGCAGUUGAGAAAUUAGUCAAAGCGGUGGAUAAUAGCUGCAGGACUCAACGGGAGCAUCAGACCGUUCUGAAUUGCUGCCGUUUACUCACACGUUUGUUACCUUACAUAUUCGAAGAUCCUGAUUGGAAGGGCUUCUUUUGGUCCAGCUUACCUGGCAAGGAUGAAGAGGAGAGCUUGCCACUGGCGCAUUCUCUGUUAAAUGCACUCUGUGAUCUACUGUUUUGUCCUGAUUUUACAGUUGCUACAAACAGGAAGUCAGGUCCGGACAAAGCUGAUGAAUUGCAGUCGAUAGACAGUUGUGAAUAUAUCUGGGAAGCAGGAGUAGGUUUCGCGUACUCCCCACCGAGGUAUCCUAUUCUGGAUUCGAAUCGUACGGAGUUGCUGAAACUCCUGUUGACAUGCUUCAGUGAAACCAUGUACAAUCCGCCGAUGGAUUUGUCCAUCACGCCAAACAGAUGGAUUCAAUAUUUGACCAGCAGUGAAAACAGACAUGCUUUGCCUAUGUUCACGUCGCUACUGAACACAGUGUGCGCCUACGAUCCCGUCGGUUACGGCGUGCCGUAUAAUCAUCUGUUGUUCACCGACUCCUUGGAACCGCUUGUCGAUGUUGCACUACAAAUUUUAAUCGUGACUUUGGAUCACGAUACCACUGGUGGAGCGCCAUUGGAAGAGGGAGCAGUUGGAGAUAAUUUGUUCAUCAAUUAUUUGAGUCGAAUUCAUCGCGAUGAAGAUUUCCAAUUUGUCUUAAAGGGCAUCACCAGGCUGCUAAAUAAUCCAUUGAUGCAAACAUAUCUUCCUAACUCGACCAAGAAAGUACAUUUUCACCAGGAGCUGCUGGUUUUCUUUUGGAAGAUGUGCGACUACAACAAGAAAUUCUUGUAUUACGUGCUAAAAAGCUCAGAUGUCCUCGAGGUUCUCGUGCCGAUACUUUAUCACUUGAACGACUCGCGUGCCGACCAAUCACGAGUCGGUUUGAUGCACAUUGGCGUAUUCAUCUUGCUUCUUUUGAGCGGAGAACGCAAUUUUGGAGUGAGGUUGAAUAAGCCUUACACAGCUACAGUGCCUAUGGAUAUUCCUGUUUUUACAGGAACACACGCCGACCUCUUGGUCACUGUAUUUCACAAAAUCAUCACGACUGGUCACCAGAGACUGCAACCGCUGUUCGACUGUCUUCUGACGAUUCUAGUCAACGUCUCGCCGUAUCUUAAAACGCUGUCCAUGGUGGCUAGCACAAAACUGUUGCAUUUGUUGGAGGCAUUUAGCACGCCGUGGUUCCUUUUCUCAGCGCCCACUAAUCAUCACUUGGUGUUCUUUCUGCUCGAGAUCUUUAAUAACAUUAUUCAGUAUCAAUUCGACGGAAAUAGUAACUUGGUCUACACGAUAAUACGCAAGCGGCAAGUGUUCCACGCGCUUGCGAAUCUGCCCAGCGACUGCAACACGAUCGCAAGGUCCCUCAGUAAGAGACAGCGUCGUCACGUACCUGCCAGCACGUCCAAUGAGAACGUUAGCGAGACUGCGAUGGAAGGAUCACAUCCUGCGCAACCCGCCGAGCCCGGCACCUUGAAGGCGUCCUUGUUGGAGACUCCCGGUAUCGAGAAUAUGACGGAGAAGGAAUCUGCGCAUCCGCUGAGUCCAUCGGCGAGCGUCGAUAUCGGCAAGUCGAUUAGCAAUGGAUCAGAGAGCAAGACGGACCUCACGGAAGAAUCCACGCCUAAGAAGAAUUCCGUGGUGCCGAAGGGUGGUAUUCGCGUCGCCGAGCAAGCAAACUCCAAUAACGUCAACAACGUGAAUCAGUGGGUGCCGUCCAGCGACUGGGUGUAUCAGUGGAAAAGCAAACUCCCGCUGCAGACCAUCAUGCGAUUACUCCAAGUGCUGGUGCCGCAGGUCGAGAAGAUUUGCAUCGACAAGGGACUGACAGACGAGAGUGAGAUCUUGAAGUUCUUGCAACACGGCACUCUAGUCGGCCUACUGCCUGUACCGCAUCCCAUUCUCAUCAGACGAUAUCAGGCUAACGCCGGUACAACCGCGUGGUUCCGCACAUACAUGUGGGGCGUGAUAUAUUUAAGAAACGUCGAACCGCCCAUAUGGUAUGACACAGACGUCAAGCUAUUCGAAAUUCAGAGAGUUUAGAUAGUAAUCGCUAGAGAUUCGCUCGAAAUACUGUUUUAUUGGCAGUGCGCAAGAAGGUGAGUUUCAUCGAAUUCUUGUGUAUACCGCGUGUGGCGCCGUUCCUAUUAACAUUAAUUGAAAUUUGAGAAAAGAGUUUUCUUAUUUUUCUCAGCUUUGAAAAAUCAAUUUUUAAAUAAGUAAUGAUUUUAGAGCAUUUUGAAAUGAAUUUUAUCGAGAUUUUAGAAAAGUGUGUGUUAGAAUCUUUCGAUUAACUGGUCGCUCGUAUCCUUUUAGCUUGUUCUCUUUGGUCGAAUCAGUUUUUAGUAAGCAAGAAACUGAAAGAUGUGGGAAUAUUAAUUGAAUAUCGUUUAACUUCGAUCAAUGUUCACGGGAACGGCAUGUCACGUUCUCAUUUCCAUCAAUUAAUUUUUACAUAGCGGGAGCCUCCGAAAUGUUUUCAUCUUGAUGUAACAUAUACUGCAUAUAAGAUUGUAAACAUGGUUUGCAAUCGGAGUUAGUGAUUUAUUAUUAUUAUAUUCCGAAGACUGUAACUCUCGUUUGUAUCAUAGUAAUAUAUGUAUCACCAGUUAGUAGAAGAAACAUAUCGUCGAUUUUACGAAAGAAUCCUCUUCGAUCGAGUAGAGAAAACCUGAUUACAAAUUUGUAUUUUAAACUUUACUUACGUAUUUAAGUUUGUAAACAUUUUAUUCCUGUAAAAAUUAUGAUUCGUUUUUUAUACUUUGACGUAAUUCGUUAUAAUUUUAUCAACGACUCUCUCUGAUAGAAAUAUUUAGGAAUAUUGUGUGAUUACUUUCGGGAACAUUCCAUGACUAUUUCGUUAAAACCGACGAUAUAUAUCUUGUGUAGAACGAUUAGGAUCGGAAUUAAAGAAAGUCACCUUUCGCGACGUGUACAUGAAGCUGCGCUUUACGGAGGAAGGAUUUUAUUCGCCCUCGCAUUAUCAUCGUCGUAUGUUUCGCGUAUAAUUGUAAACUAAAGUAACACGCUUAUUUAUACUUGAAUUAAUCUCACGCUUUCGCGAAACUGCACCUGUACCAUAAAGUUGACAGAAUUUUCGGGUCUAUUCUUGUUAACUAAACUCGCGCGGCAGCGUCAUGUGGCCUUCCUCCUCGUCUCGCGAGCGCGCGAGUCCGUUUUUAAGAGUGUAGAUAAUAAGAAUAGGCGUGAUCGAAAUACUUUCUUGGACGAAACUUCGCGUGACGCGAAUCGAGACUGCAAUUUUCUUAAACUGUGACGUAAUCUAGGAGCAACGGAUCUUAAAUCCGCCUGGUCUUUUUAACUGCAAUUUCUCUUAUAUUUUCUGCAAUACAAAGUAAAAACGAAAGUAUUCAGAUGUUAAGAGAGAAGAAAAUAGCGGAAUGUAUUAGAAGCAAAAUUUAUACUGUCCAAUUUGAUCGUGUUUUUCUUUCGAUCUCAAUCGAACCGAUCGAGAAUAUAUUUUAUCAUCGUGUAAACAAAGAUGGAAUGAGAUUCCAAGUAACUUGACAAGUUUUUUCCGGCUUUAUACUUUAAUAAAGUGGGGUUUGAGUUUCUCUUUCGAAUAAACGUGCGUUGUUAAAUGCAGUUAGAAAGGACGAUAAAUUUUGUACAUCACAGUACGGUUGCGACUUAUAUUUAUGAAGAACAUUCAAACGGGAUCUCACAUUACUAUGUAUUAUAUAUGUAAUUGUCCUCUCUCUUAAAUAUACAGAGUUAUGAUGUAAGCGAUCAUUUACACGCGUACAUACACACACACAUACACACACAUUCUCUCUCUCUCUCUCUUCCUCUCUCCAACACACGCAUUCACAAAAAGAAAUAUAAAAUCGUGUUACGUUUCGCGCGCGCGACAGCUCUCUAAUAUUUUCGCAUUACAUGUAGUAAACUAUCACGAGACACCGUGUGCGUGCUUAUAUAUCGUGAAGCACGCAACGUACACCAUAUAUAUUUAUGAUAUUCGGGAACGAGCGUGUUUGGCGAACAGGAUGUUACAUCCGAGAAUUGAAAUUGAAUGUCAAACGCGCCUGGUAUAGAAUACGCUCUAUGGAUGAUUAUUUUCAGCGUCGAUUAACUUUGCCAACGGAAUGUCAGCGUGCAUAUCUUCAUGAAAGGAGAAAAAAGUUUAAAAUUCUUUUCUCUGUCGCAAUCGAC